AAAUGUUGAUAACUAAGCAACCAAUGCAUAAACAAUUCAAUAACUAAAGGAUUAUAAAAUAAAUCAAUUUAAAUUAAAACAAACAUAUUUUUUUAAGGACGAAAUAAGAAGGCUUCACCUGAUUUGAGCCCAACAAUGGAGGAAGAAGAAAAGAAGAAGUAUACUUUGGAAAGUUUAUAUUAUCUAUAUUGUAAUUCUGUAGUUAAGUACUCAAUGGAAGUGGAUAAUACCGUCUAUGACAAGAUUUUGUUAUCGCAAAUUGAUAGCUGGCUUGCUCAAGCAAAGUUGUUAAGAACUUAUUUUACCCUAACUGAAACAGGAAUGAUUUACAUGAAGUUUAAGCGUUGGCGUAUUGACUAUGAAGAAUUUUUGGAGUUCUUACAAUUUCUAUGUGAAAAAACGACUAAAAUAACUAUCGAUGAUGUUAAAAAGUUACUACUUGAGGCUGGUAUUCCUGAAGGCAGAUCUGAAAUUGUUUACGUGAAAUAAGUCAACAGUAAAAAAAAAUUUUAUGUUCACAUUACAUAUAUAAGAAUACUUCCAAUAUUAUU